UAGGUACACUAGAUUCUAGAUCUCAGGAUCUAUAAGCCCUACACUAUACUACACUGAUUGACAUUGUAAAAUUUGCAAUGGAAAGGCUUUCUUCAGAACUUGUAGCAUAGAAUUUUCUGAAAAAUCCCUGUAAUGGCUCAAUUGUUUUCCCCAGCAAGUCUGAGGCAGAAUGCAACGUUUUCCAUUAAAUCAACAGUUACACCUAUAAGCUCAACAUCAAUAAAAAUGCCAGAAGGGAAAGAAACCAAAGAAGUUGUUCAGCUGUGGUGCUUUGACUUAACAAAUUUGUCUCGAACAUGGCAAUUUAUUAUCCUAACAGCUUUGACUUUCGCUUUUUAUCUUGUUUAUGGGUAUAUGCAGGAAUUGAUAUUUAAACUUGAAGGAUUUAAACCUUUUGGUUGGUACCUGACCUUAGUCCAGUUUGCAUACUACACUGGUUUUGGUAUUGCUGAGCUGAAUCUAAAAGUAGACAAAAGUCGAAAAAUUCCACUGAGGAUGUAUCUAUUGCUUGCUUUUCUUACAGUAGCAACAAUGGGUCUUUCCAACACAUCAGUUGGUUAUUUAAACUACCCAACACAAGUUAUAUUCAAAUGCUGUAAGCUUAUACCAGUAUUAAUAGGUGGAAUUCUUAUACAAGGAAAAAGGUUUAGCUGGAUUGAUAUCACAGCCUGCUUUUGUAUGAGUAUAGGCCUCAUCCUAUUCACUUUAGCAGACAGUGCUGUUUCUCCAAACUUCAACACUUAUGGUAUUACUCUGAUCUCACUUGCUUUAUGUGCUGAUGGUGCUAUUGGCAAUGUCCAAGAAAAGACACUCAAGCAAUAUGGUGCUAGUAAUGGUGAAAUGGUACUUUAUUCCUAUGGAAUUGGAUUCAUCUACAUUUUUGUUGGCUUGAUUGUGUCAGGCAGCCUUUUACCUGCUUUUUACUUUUGUCAGCAGUAUCCUAUUGAGACAUAUGGGUAUGCAGUUGUUUUUUCAGUGACCGGAUAUUUAGGGCUCUACAUUGUUCUUACAACUGUGAAAUGUUUUGGUGCUUUGAUUGCUGUCACAGUAACUACCUGUCGAAAAGCUGUGACUAUUGUAUUGUCCUUUAUGUUUUUUGCCAAGCCUUUUACAUUCCAGUACCUGUGGUCAGGACUGGUUGUGUUACUGGGUAUUUAUCUCAACCUGUACAGCAAGAACAAAGCAAGCUGGGAUGCCAAAAUUCUCCACUUCCUGCAGAAAUAUGGUGUAGUUACAAAGAAAAAAACUCUACUCCCAGAGAACAUUGUUUGAUGUAUAUUAUGUUUGCUAGCUUCUCAAUACUUAGUGGGGGCAAAUAUUAGGUUAAAUAAUGAUAGUUGUCAUUUUUAUCAAAUUAUGCCAAGAAUAACUAAUUUCUUACUGAACUUAUUAAAUUUAUGCUAAUAGGUGUGUGUUUUAGUACUUAACUCUUUAGUGUGUAAGGUUUAACAUUUUUUUAAUUUCAUAUUUAUCUGUGUCACUUGUUAAAGAAUUCCACUUGUGUUUCCUGCUGAUUUUUAUUUGUUUAUUUUUAUCCCUUUGACUAGACAUAAUUUUAACAAUAACAACUGUGAUAGUUUGUGUUAUCAUCUGCUGUGAUGCUAGUAGUUAAAAAAUCACAAGCCAUGUAAUAUUAUUAUAUCAGAUUGUAUUAAAUCUAACAUAUUUCUCUGUAACAGAUAUAUUUGAUGUACUAUGGACAUUAGAGCCAAUUAUUUAUGCAAUUAGUGUGAUUAGCUGGUAGCUCUUUCAAUUUUAUAAAGCCUGAAAGUGCCUAUUCAAAUUGGUUUUAUAUAUUUUUUUCUACACAUCACUCAUCAACAAAUGUGCUUAAAGAAUUGAAAAUCUGAAAUUACAUGUUAUGGAAGGGUCGUUUAUAUUUGAUAUAACACAAAGAGGAAAGAGGGUUUAGACUUUAUAAGGUUUUAUUUAUAUUUAUUAAGCUGGUUAUUCAUAUUUUUUAAAUUUAAGUAUUGUUGUUUUUCUAGUGGAGGAAGAGGGCGUGUCUGUUUUUUUAUAGUUUGUCAUGGAUAUGUAUAGAAUACAUCAAAGUUUAUUGUUGUUAACAGAAUAUUAAUAGAUUUUGUUAGAGAAUGAGAUGAUAAAUGGGCUUGCACUAAUUUGUCUUGAAAGAAAUGUUAUUCAACUGGUAAGAUUGCAGUGAAAUUAUUCAAACUCAUUCAUAUGUAAUAAAAGUUUUUUUUUUUUAAAUUGAAAUACACUUAUAUUUAUUUUUAUUCUGGUUUCAACAAACUCUAUAAUAUAUUAUUGGUAAUGUCAAUGUUUGAAGGUAAAUUUCGUAAAAUAUUUUAUUGAACUAUUAAAUAUGUGUGGAUUUGUAAAUAAUUGGGCAGAAUACAUUUUGUUAUUAUUGAAAAACACAUUUUAUGUGUUGCUGGUGAUUUCUCAUGGUUAUUUAUUUUUUGUAAAUAUGUAAAAACUAUGUUUUGGAAUAUGCUUAUGUAUGUUACAUUCAAACAAUAGACAAUAUUAAUGCUUAUAAAAUUUCAACCUAUCAAUAAAUUUCUAAUGAUUUAGCAAGAUGUUACUCAAUUAAAGUUUAGAUAAUUAAAAAAAGUUUUUUUAGAACAAUAAUAAUUUUGUACCUUCAUAAAAGUUUGGCUGUGGCAUACUUUUAAGUACGCAUAUCCUGUAUUGAUUUCUAUAGCCUAAAAAUAAAUGUAAAGCAUUAGUCCUCUUGGUAAUACAUUUUAUUUUUAACAAUGUACCAGCCUUCAAAAACAGGGCAAUUUAUUAAGCUACUCAAACAAUAUUGUUUUAGUUAUGCUUGCUAACUUUAUUUCAUUAUCUGACUUUGUACAACAUAUUCACAUAAAACUGUAUUCGUUAGUUAAUUGUGAAUGAGCAUCUAAUUAUUAAUUAUUACACGUUUUUGUAUUGAAGAAGCAAUCUCACUUUUUUAAUGCUAAAAGUUGAUAACUGCUUUUCAACUUUUUGAUUUUUAUUUAAAAUUUUCUAAAAGCGGUUCAUUUUUUUUUAGAGUAUUGUAUAAUGUAUUUUUCUUUAGUUGGGUUUUGUUGUAUUAGCCAAAAAAGUUCUAACAGAAAAAGCUUAUUAUCUGCUUGAAAAAAUAAGGGCACUCGGUAAAAGUACUAAUAUGUAAGAUUCUUUGGCUUUGAAAUAUUGUUCCUUAAAUUGGGCUGAAAAUAUUUUACACUGGUCUAAAGAUAAGCAAUAAAGGUAUGC